UUACGGAAAAUGUCAGACAACAAGGAAACUAUGCUUUUGUAUACAAAUCAGCUAAUAUAAAUUAAUAAUAGACCCUUUAUUCAGAUAGAUAUUCCUCAAAUUUUAUAUGCAGAAAAAUCCGUUAAAUUCAAAACCGAACUCGAUAGGCAGCUGAUGCUAUCGAUCGCACCGAUGUUACAAUUAUCGGUGGAAAUUCACUAAAUAUGCCAGGCGCGUCGCAUCGUUGGUUUGAAUUUAACAAGCGAACAGGGGUGGAAAGAGGAAUAAGCAAUAACGCGACGCUUGUUUGUUUCGCCAUCGCUUCCCACACUCUCUCCGCAAUUCGAAAAUAGUCGGAUUUUAGGAUAAACACAGCUCGAAUACCGCGCGCGCUGAUCUAGCGAAGAAGAUCACUUAAAGCACACGACGACGACAUGGCUAGACCGAAGGCAAGUGCCAAGGAAAAGGCCAAUCCCAAGCCCCCGCCAGCAUCCACCAAGAGGCGAGGACGUGCCAAGAAGCAGGAUGGGGAAAAGGAGAACGAGGAGCAGAGCGUGGCGCCCGCAUCCAGCAGCACAAUUGAACCAAGCAGAGUAUCAGCUGUGGCAGAGGCCAUGUAUACGAUAAUGCGACACACCGAGCGGAAGGCGUCACUCCACAAAAACUACGUAAAGGAGAUGCAGCAACUGUACACGAAGGCGGGCCACCAAGCGUUCCAGACGACGUUUAUUAACGUGCUGAAGGCGAUCCUGGAGGCGGAGGAGGGCAAUGAGAAUGCCACUAUGGCUCUCAACUUUUGCGCCACAUUGGUGACCAGCUUUAAAUCAGAACGCACACACCCAGUGCUUGCCGAGACCAUCCACUGGCUACUCACGACAUACUCCAGCAAUCCGCACAUUCGGUAUCGCCUCUGCUACUUCGUGAAUCUCAUACUCAAGGAGCUGGGACCCAAUGCCGCCUUGGACGACACCCAGUGUGACGAAAUCCUGGAGUCGAUGCUGGACCGCGUAAAGGAUGUGGCGCCCAGUGUGCGCAAGCAGGCCGUGCUGGCCAUGCAGCGACUCCAAAUGCCAGACAAUCCGAAGGAUCCCGUUGUGGUUGCCUACCAGUAUCAUCUCUCCGCCGAUCCGUCGCCCAGCGUGCGUCAGUGCAUCAUAACAUGCAUGGGCCGCAACUACAUCACUGUGCCGUACAUCCUGCAGCGCCUGUGGGACGUCGACGAGAAGGUGCGCCGGCACACUUACGUCAAUAUGUGCAACUACCCGGUCCGCUCCUACAAGGUGGCCCAGCGCCUGACUCUGCUAGAACAGGGCCUCAAUGACACCUCGGCCACCGUGCGCAAGACAGUGAUCAACUACAUGCUGAAGGCCUGGAUCGAGUCGUAUCAGCAAAACUACAUCUCCCUCACGGCUGCCCUGAAGCUGGACUCCAACGAGGAGGAGCUGCUGCGUUUCCGGCGCGUCGCUAAGCAAAUGCUGCGAGUGAUCUUCGAGAAAACGGAGGUCGAUCAGCUGAUAGAGCUGCUGCCGCUGAGCGACGACUGUGAACUGCACCGCUGUAUACCGCAAGAACAACUGAACGUGGAACUGCUGCUCUAUUGGCAGUGCCUCAGUGAGUUUCUGGAGACGCAGUCGUACGAGACGGACCCGGUGUUGCCCGAACUAAGUGUCUUUUGCAGUUAUGUGGAGAAAUUCUGUCUGUUCCAGAAGCCCGACAUGGACAAGUUCGCCCAGAUCGAAUUCCAGAACAUGCUUCUGUCGCUGGUGGAGAUGUUGCAGUCGUACGACUUGGGCGACGAGAUCGGGCGUGGUAAUAUGCGAGUACUAAUCUCCGGCUUGCUCAAGGACUGCCUGCUGGACCACAAAAUUGUGUGCGUACUGGUGCGGUGCACGGAGAAGUUAAUAACCGACCUUAACGACCGAAUGCAAUAUCUCAUCGACAUCAUUUACGAACUGUGCGAGCUGAAUACCAAGCAGAACGAGCUUAUUCACGACCGCAGCCUGAUUAAUAAGUUGCUGGACGACUUGGACACGCCGCUGAAAAUGAAAAUCUCAGCUCUGAAGGUCAAGAUCCUGGAGCUGGAGGAGCACGAGGACAAUUUUGUGCGCCAAAAGGAGUACAUACGCGCGCAGGCGGUGACUGAAGAGAAGACCAACGUCACCACGGAGUAUGCGGAGCUAAUACGGCCACUGCUUGAGCGGACCGGCGUUCUAGAGAUGCCUACCCGACCCAAGCUUUCCAAACAAGAGCGCAUACUGAAGGCUCUGUACACCUCGUACUACAUGGUGGCCUCGCCGGUCGUACACAAACUGACGCCAGCCCUCUGCCAGCUCUACAAGGAUUUUAUCUGCCGACACCUGGCCUCCACGGAGGUGGACAUUUUCGAGUGGGCCAUCAAGUGUGGCACCACAUACUGCCUGUUCUACGAAACGUACUGCAAGGAGAUGUUCGAGGUGGUUGUGGAGCAGGUCUGCAACAACAAUAUUCCGCGGCUGUGCGAAACGGCGGCCGGCUGCCUGAUGGAGCUGCUGGACCACUACGGUCUGGACUACUUCAACGAGCUGAACCAAACAGGCGCUGGAGGUGGCGGCAGUAAAGAGUUAAACAAGAGCAAGCGGCGCCAGCUCUACACGAUGCAGGAGCUUUACGACUGCGAUGACGAUGGCACCCAGUCGCAGAACAGUGACCAAAACUCUGACAUUCUCAUGGUGUUGAGUCACUUCGUCGAUCGAGUGCAAAGCAAGGGUGUACGUCUGGCCAUAGUGCGUGGGCUUUGCCGCCUGGUGCUCCGCGGACACAUAGACGAUCGCACAGACGUCAUGGAAACAUUGCUGAAGCGUUACUUCAACCCAAACACCGAGGCCAUCGUUAGUCAAGUGCUGGGUAUGUUUUUCGAGCAGCUGCUUCAUCACAAGAAGCAGGCCCUGCUGGAACCAUGCCUCCUGUCCUGCGUGUGGACCAUUAUGAACUGCAACUUUGACUCGCCGCUCUGUACAGUACAGCCCGAUCACCUGACCAAGUUCUUUAUCGAAAUGACGAUGCAAGAGGGCUCCUCUCCGCAGACUAAUAUCCACAACAAGAUCGCGCUGAGCUUCCUCCAGUACAUACAGAACUAUUUCACAGAGCGUAGGGACAUGUGCCGCCUCCUAUCCAAGGAGCUUACCUCCUUGACAGUGAAUGUAUUCAACGGGCCGGAGAUUAAAGCUGAAAUGCUUGAGCUCGCGGACAAGCUGAUAGCUAGCGAUCUGGAUCCGCGCAUGACCAAGAAUAUUGAAAACUUUAAACUAAUGGUCAAUGGCAGUUUUGACCCGCCGCCCCGCCGGAACCCGGAGGAUGGUGACAGCGAUGAGGAGUGCGAAACAGCCACAGUGACAUCGGUAAAUGUAGGACACGCACAGACAACUACAGCACCCAAUGGCGAAGAAUCUGCAACAGAGCCAUCUAUGGCAGCAGUUACGGACACGUCACAAAGUGAGAAAAGAACCCCUCCACCCGAAGCAGUUGCGCCAGCAGCAGCACCAGCUCCUGAGCCCAUUAUAACUACUUUUGGCGAAGAUAACAUUGUCGGACUUCGUAACCUGCGGAGAUCCCUAGCCAUUAGCCGUUCGGAAGCGGAUGCCCUACUUGGCUUGGAUGCGGAAGCCAAUGCGGAUUCAGACCCCGAAUCAGAAUCUGAGGAAGCUGUAGCAACUGAGACGGCCGAGACAUCAAAGAGGAAUCUACGCCGGCCGCAGAUGAAGAAACGUCUCGAGAAAGCAUUAGCCAGAUCAUCCAAGACGCCGGAGAAGCCGCCCGCAAGCAACGAUGAAGCAUCAUCGACAUCUGAAAAUGAAGAUGUUGCGAGUCCAGACAGAGGAAAUCGGUCAAACGAUUCCGAGGUGAUCGAAGCCUCGCCCACGGCAGCCUCGCCGCCAAAUGAGAGCAUGACGAUGCCCAAUGCCAGCCAUCUUCGCCUUCGAUCACUGCGCAACCGAAAGGGCAUUGGAGCGACCGCAGUGCCCGCUGCGAACUCCGCUAGCAAACGGAAAGUCCUGGCCCUGGAAACGCCUCUCAGAAAUGGACGGAAAAGGGUGCUCAGGCGAACGCCGUCCGAUUCGCAUUCUCGCUCCUUGCGGUCCAGUGGCUCGGCCGCUCCCUCGCCCCGCAAUUCACCACAGCGCAAGCAGCAGCGCCUGGACGAGACGACUUCCCGGCGAACGGCGACACAGAAGAAUGCCAACAGCCCCACGGAAAGCACAUCCUCUGUUAAGGAGAACAAAGUGCCGGAUACGAUAGUUAUUGGGUCGACAUCCGAAGCUGAAUCUGAUUCGGAACCAGAACCCGAAUCAAGGGCAUCGACGUCCAGGCGACGGCAGCCAGUCAUCGCCAAGACGCUUAGAACGUCUCGAACCCGGCUCACCAGCGCCAGCACAAGCACUCCAAAGAUAACGACACGGAAUUCUGCACGCGCCCAGAGAAUAAACACCCAUGUCAUGACCCGGAAACGGAUGUCGCUAGAAAUGAACCUCAGUGCCGGCCAGCUGCAGUCGACGCCCAAGCGAGUGACGCGGGCGGCGCCCACAUCUAUGAGCGAGCACAAGACACGUAGUAGUAGUAGAAGACAGAAAUAGUCUCCAGCAAUCAGCGUUAUUGUAUGUCCACUUUCGUUGUGUUCUAUGUUCGUGUGUUAGUCCGUUCCAGUUUACGAGUUUCAUUUUAGAGUUGCUAACUUUCCGUGAGUUUUAUUGUGUACAAUAUGUGUAAAUUAUAUAGUUUCAAAUAUAAAUA